UAAGUAUACAUACGCCAUUGACGGAAACUGAGACUUUUGACAGCACACCUGGCGUUCAUAGACCCAAGCCGAGGGGCAUAACCUCCGGUCGCCGCGAAGAAGAAGACGAAAGCACCAAACCCGGCAAUGGAAGAUUGAGCUAUCCGGCGGCUGUUCAUUCUAUCUUUUGGGCAGCCUCCCCUUUCAUUCAUCAUUAGCGGCAGAAGCAGUCGCAUUCAAUUCGAGAGAUGGAUAGUAGUAAUAUUGAGAGGAACGGCGUGUCGGAGUCCCCGCUGCAGCCCCAGCAGAUGACCGAGAAGGCGAGGAAAUUGACCGAAGAUAUCCAAGAAAUCAUGACAGGGUUUCAGUCCGCUUGCAAGGAAGCUCGGACUAGUGACAUUAGCUCCAUGGUGGAGCAAGUUGUUCGAUUGCUUAAGGAUCUCAAGGAUGAGUUCAGUGCAACCUCUCCCGCAUCUCCUAUCCCGGUCGAUAGCUUUGGAUCGUUAUCGGAUGAUAUGCGCCGUUUAGUGCAACAACUCUGUGACGAGCAAGAUGAUGCCACUAGUAUAUUGGCUACUUUGAAGCCCGAUCCUGACAUUCAAUCCCAGCAACUGCCCAGUUUUCCAACCCAUCAAGGGAAUAAUUUUGAAAGUUUUGAGCAGCAUAAUGAUGCUUGUCUUAAGUUUUAUGAGUGUGAUGGCUCUGGUUUCAACGGGCAGAAUGAAGCUUUCACUAACUCAGAUUUGGCUUCUCUCGACUUCCGUCAACUUGACUUAGACCAAUUGGAAUUCGAUGAGUCGAAUAAUAUUUCACUGUUCGGGCAUGAUAUGGUUCCAAACAUUACGCCACAGAUCAACCCUCCACCAAAGGCAUUUCUGGGUUCAAAAUGUGCUCUCUGGGAUUGUCAGAGACCCGCUCAGGGUUCCGACUGGGGCUGGGAUUACUGCAGCAGCAUGCAUGCUGACCUGGCACUCAAGGAAAGCGAACAUGGUAUGAAUCCCAUAUUACGUCCUGGCGGCAUUGGUUUGAAAGACGAUAGGUUGUUCGCCACUCUUGUUGCAAAAAUGCAGGGGAAGUAUGUGGGCAUCCCUGAAUGUCAAGGGGCCGCCAUUGAGAAAUCUCCAUGGAAUGCCUCAAAGCUAUUUGACCUCUCCCUCCUUGAGGGCGAAACAAUAAGGGAGUGGCUCUUCUUUGAUAAACCAAGAAGGGCAUUUGAGAGUGGGAACAGGAAGCAGAGGUCGCUCUCCGACUACAAUGGGCGAGGUUGGCACGAGUCGAGGAAGCAGGUUAUGAAGGAGCUCGGGGGCCAAAAGAGGUCCUACUACAUGGAUCCACAACCUCCAGGGCAAAUUGAGUGGCAUCUAUACGAGUACGAGACGCACAAUUCCGAUGUGUGCGCUCUAUACAAGUUAGAGCUCAAGCUCGUGAGCGAGAAGAAGAACCCCAAAGGGCUGAAGUCUCUAGGAGAGGAAGGUGGUGUCGCUAACAGGAAGGCAGCAAAGGACCCAUUGGUGGAUUUGCAGAAGCAGAUGGGGAGGCUCACUGCUGAGGCCUCCACUGAAUGUAAACGACCAGCUAAGGGAAGGGCAAAGGGCGAGAAGCUUACGGAUUCUGGUUGAUUUCUAGAAGUUCCAAGGCCAGGAUUUUUUCUCGAAGUAAAUGGUUGGAGCUGUUUUUGGAAUGGUCAGAGUGCAACAUUAUCUGAUGAAGUACAUAGAGAAUAGGAGAGAAAAAAAUACUCAAUGAGUGAUAAUAUUUGCAAGAUCAUUGCGUGCAGGUUAUGGUAGGUACAUACGGCUGUCCAUAGAAAUUAUAUUCUCUAUCAUAACCCGAGUGUUUGUUCAA